CUGUAGAGAUAGUCAAAUGACAGCGAUGUUUUGUUGUAAAAUAAUAAUAAUUAAUGUUUUUUUUGCUACAUAAGUAAAUAAGACAUCUCUGACAUAAAGGACAUACCAAGAAUGUUAGGUAAUAUAAAAGAGUUUAUUUCUGUUGUCCAAGAUGGAUUAGCUUCAAACAAUAACUUACGGCAAACGUUGCAAGAAGUUCAAAAGGUUAAAAAUAUAUUUAAGGAUAGACAAAAAGUGUCUAGUGGAACUAGUGAUAGCAAAGUAAAUUACGGAGCUGGUAGUGUCUUAUUAGAGAAAUAUCAAACGGAAUGGGCCGAGCUACAUGAAAAUGCUGAUAAAAACGCUAAAGCAGCUGACGAUGUUGAUAAAGUUAUCAUAGAAAUACAUGAAACGACAAAUAGUAAAUUGCAAAAUGCCACUGAACUGGCACAAAAUUUAGCUUUACUACCAAGUUUGACGGUAUCGGUAGCACAAUGUGUAGAAAGCUUAAAAAAUAUACAAACACUUUUGAGAGACGUUGAAAACCAACUUGUCGAGUUUGAGGAUAUUGUGGAAAGGAGUAACAUGGAAAAAUGGAAACUCGACCAUCAUUACCAUUUGACUUUGUAUAAAGAAAAGAAAAUGGCUGGUUUAGAAGAAAUAAGAAAUCAACUGGCCAGAGAGAACUUAGAACAGAGUAGUGAAAAGGAGAAGCAACAGUUGGCACAAUUGCAAGCUAAGCAUGAACACAGUGCGGUCGCUUUCCAAGUGGACAUGGCAAAGUACUUAAUAACUGGAAAUAUACCAAAUGCACCCAAACCGAAACCAAAUAUUACACUUGAAGAAAUCCAGUUAGACGAUGAUCAAACGGAUCUUGAGAAAUUUCUAGAAAGCUGAUUUAUUUUCAAUUGACGUACGGACACUUAAUGUUGUUUGGAUGUGAUACUUGAGCUUUUUUAAUCUAUAAGAUUUUAUAUAGUCUGUUACAAUCUUUUCCUUCACUAUUUUAAGUCCUGUUUGAUCACACUACCUUAAUAUUAACUUAUUUUGUUAUUGAUGGACUGAUUUUGAAGUUGCUAUGUUUAUAUAUACAUGUUUAUAUAUUUUUUUUUGUUCUUUGUUAUUGUGAAUAAGUGAAUCACUUAAAUAAUAGCUUAUUUAUAAUUAAAAUAAUAAUUUUAUUGUCAUUUGACAAAACACCUAAAGAAUUUUAAACUCUGUAA